CCGCCGGUCUCACCCCCCUCCCGCCCCGCUCCGCGCUCCUCCCCGCGCCGCCGGGUCUCUCUCCGUAGACGGAAGCCGAGGAGGGACGAGGGAGCUGGCGAGGUUGGAGCGGCACGAUGGGGGACUCCAAAGUGAAGGUGGCGGUGCGCGUCCGCCCCAUGAACCGGAGAGAGCUUGAUCUGCAUACAAAAUGUGUGGUGGAUGUGGAUGCAAACAAGGUUAUUCUUCAUCCUGUAAACACCAACCUUUCAAAAGGAGAUGCCAGCAGGACCCAACCAAAGGUGUUUGCUUACGAUCACUGCUUUUGGUCUAUGGAUGAAUCUGUCAAAGAGAAAUACGCAGGUCAAGAUGUUGUUUUCAAGUGCCUUGGGGAGAAUAUUCUUCAGAAUGCCUUUGAAGGCUAUAACGCUUGCAUCUUUGCCUAUGGGCAAACUGGAUCUGGAAAAUCAUACACAAUGAUGGGUACUGCUGACCAACCUGGAUUAAUCCCUAGACUUUGUAGUGGACUCUUUGAAAGAGCACAGAAAGAGGAAAACGAAGAGCAGAGUUUCAAAGUGGAAGUAUCCUACAUGGAGAUAUACAAUGAGAAAGUCAGAGAUCUUCUUGACCCAAAAGGAAGCCGUCAGUCAUUAAAAGUUAGAGAACACAGUGUUUAUGGUCCUUAUGUAGAUGGCCUAUCCAAGCUAGCCGUUGCUAGCUACAAGGACAUAGAGUCCUUGAUGUCUGAGGGCAACAAAUCUCGAACAGUGGCUGCAACCAAUAUGAAUGAGGAGAGCAGUCGGUCCCAUGCAGUCUUCAAGAUCAUCCUUACCCACACGCUCUAUGAUGUACAGUCAGGGACAUCAGGAGAGAAGGUGGGCAAGCUGAGUCUGGUGGACUUGGCCGGUAGUGAAAGGGCAACCAAAACUGGUGCUGCAGGAGACAGGUUGAAAGAAGGAAGCAACAUUAACAAAUCCCUCACAACCCUUGGGUUGGUUAUUUCUGCCCUGGCAGAUCAGGCUGCUGGAAAGAACAAGAACAAAUUUGUUCCUUAUCGUGAUUCUGUGCUCACUUGGUUACUUAAAGAUAGCCUUGGUGGCAACAGCAAGACUGCUAUGGUAGCAACAGUAAGCCCAGCAGCAGACAAUUAUGAUGAGACCCUUUCAACACUGAGGUAUGCAGACCGGGCGAAGAACAUUGUUAAUCAUGCUGUAGUGAAUGAAGACCCCAACGCUCGCAUUAUUCGGGAGCUCCGUGAGGAAGUGGAGAAGCUGCGAGAACAGCUCACAAAAGCAGAGGCUAUGAAAUCACCAGAAUUAAAAGAACGAUUGGAGGAAUCAGAAAAGUUGAUUCAGGAAAUGACUGUGACCUGGGAAGAAAAAUUAAGAAAAACUGAGGAGAUAGCACAGGAGCGUCAGAAACAGUUGGAAAGCCUUGGCAUAUCUCUUCAGUCUUCUGGAAUAAAAGUUGGAGAUAAUAAAUGCUUCCUGGUUAAUUUGAAUGCAGAUCCAGCUCUCAAUGAACUUCUGGUAUACUAUUUAAAGGAGCACACAUUGAUAGGCUCAGACAACUCUCAAGAUAUCCAGCUGUGUGGAAUGGGAAUUCUUCCUGAACACUGCAUUAUAGACAUCACCCCAGAAGGACAGGUUAUGUUAACACCUAAAAAAAAUACUAGAUUUUUGCCUUUUCACAGGACGUUCGUAAAUGGUUCUGCUGUCAUGUGUCCUAUCCAGCUACAUCAUGGAGACAGAAUACUGUGGGGAAACAACCACUUCUUCAGGCUGAAUUUGCCAAAGAAGAAAAAGAAGGCAGAUCAUGAGGAUGAAGAGCGAGACAACUCUAUGAAGUGCAGUAAUAGUGUUGAACAGCUGGACAUAGAUGGGGACAAUUCCAGUGAAGUGUCUAGUGAGAUUAACUUCAGCUAUGAGUAUGCUCAGAUGGAAGUCACUAUGAAGGCGCUUGGUAGCAAUGAUCCAAUGCAGUCAAUCUUGCAAAGCCUGGAACAGCAACAUCAAGAAGAGAAGAGGUCUGCACUUGAACGACAGAGACUGAUGUACGAACAUGAACUGGAGCAAUUGCGAAGGCGAUUGUCGCCAGAGAAGCAGCAUUUCCGCAGCAUGGACAGGUUCUCUUUUCACUCCCCCAGUGCCCAGCAGCGCUUACGCCAGUGGGCGGAGGAGAGAGAAGAAAUGCUGACCCAUAGCCUGAGAAAGCUGCGAGAGCAGAUUGUUAAAGCCAAUUUAUAUGUGAGAGAAGCCAAUUUUAUCGGAGAAGAACUGGACAAGAGGACAGAAUAUAAAGUUACCCUCCAGAUCCCAGCUUCAAGCCUUAAUGCUAACAGUAAGAGAGGGGCAAUUCUCAGCGAGCCUGCUAUUCAGGUGAGAAGGAAAGGGAAAGGCAAACAGAUUUGGUCACUGGAAAAGCUGGAGAAUCGAUUGGUAGAUAUGAGGGAUCUUUACCAGGAGUGGAAAGACUGCGAGGAAGACAACCCAGUGAUGAGGGCUUACUUCAGGCGAGCUGACCCAUUCUAUGAUGAGCAGGAAAACCACAGCCUUAUCGGAGUAGCUAAUGUGUUUCUUGAGUGCCUCUUCUAUGAUGUGAAGCUACAAUAUGCUGUUCCAAUCAUCAACCAGAAGGGAGAGGUAUCAGGUCGUCUCCACGUUGAAGUUGUUCGAGUUAGUGGAGAGAUAGACGACAGGUUGGUUGGAGGUGAGGAUAGUCCAGACUAUUCAAAUGAAAAUGAUGUUCAGGAGAGAAAGCUUGUCUGCAGGAUUAAAAUACUUCAGGCUACAGGUUUGCCACAGCAUCUCUCCAACUUUGUGUUCUGCAAAUAUACUUUCUGGGAUCAACUGGAGCCAGUCAAUGUUGCACCUGAGGUGGAUCCUUCCUUGUCCUCUGUCAGCAAGGAGCCACGGUGCAUGGUUGUCUUUGAUCACUGCAAUGAAGUUUCUGUAAAUAUUUCCGAAGACUUCAUGGAGCAUCUUUAUGAUGGUGCUUUGGCAAUAGAAGUAUAUGGGCACAAGCAGAGUGGUGACCGAAAAAAUCCAGCCCUGUGGGAUUUGGGAAUAAUUCAAGCCAAAACACGCAGCCUUCGUGACAGGUGGAGUGAAGUAACGCGAAAAGUAGAACUCUGGGUUCAAAUUCUAGAGUUGAAUGAGAAUGGGGAAUACUGCCCGGUUGAGGUGACUUCUGCCAGGGAUGUGUGCACAGGAGGCAUCUUCCAGCUCAGACAGGGGCAGUCUCGACGAAUUCAAGUUGAAGUGAGAUCUGUACAGGAAUCCGGGACCUUGCCACUGAUGGAGGAAUCCAUAUUAUCUGUUGGCAUUGGCUGUGUUCAAAUAAAACAUGUCAAGUCACAAAAACUACCUGAAAGUUACCAGGAAGAAGAGGAUGAAAUGGACAGUUAUCAGGAUAGGGAUUUGGAGAGGCUCCGUCGGAAAUGGCUGUGUGCUUUAACAAAGCGGCAAGAGUAUCUUGAUCAGCAACUGCAAAAACUGGUUGGGAAGCCUGAUAAAACAGAAGAUGAUGCGGAUCGGGAGGCACAGCUUUUAGAGAUGAGACUAACACUCACUGAAGAAAGGAAUGCUGUAAUGGUUCCUUCUGCUGGCAGUGGGAUUCCUGGAGCUCCAGCAGAGUGGACUCCAGUGCCUGGUAUGGAAACUCACAUUCCUGUUAUUUUCCUUGACUUGAAUGCUGAUGACUUCAGUUCCCAAGACAACCUUGAUGACCCAGAAGCAGGUGGGUGGGAUGCUACACUUGUUGCAGAAGAGGAGGAGGAAUUCUUUGAACUGCAGAUUGUGAAGCAUCAUGAUAGUGAGGUGAAAGCAGAAGCCUCAUGGGAUUCCACAGUCCACGACUGUAUCCAGCUCAGUAAAGGAACAGCAGCAGAUGAAAGAGUUUACCUUAUUGUGAGAGCCACUGUCCAGCUCAGCCAUCCUGCAGAAAUGCAAUUAGUGUUACGCAAGCGCAUUUGUGUCAAUGUGUAUGGCAGACAGGGUUUUGCACAAAGUUUCCUCCGAAGAAUGUCUCACCGAAGUUCCAUUCCUGGCUGCGGUGUCACUUUUGAGAUAGUCUCAAAUAUUCCAGAGGAUGCUCAAGGAGCUGAAGAGCGCGAGGCACUAGCCAGAAUGGCAGCAAACGUUGAAGAUGCAGCUUCAGCUGACUCUGAAGCCUACAUUGAGAAGUACUUGAGGAGUGUGCUGUCUGUGGAGAACAUUCUCACCUUGGAUCGUCUGCGCCAGGAAGUUGCUGUAAAGGAGCAGCUAAUGGGAAAAGGGAAACUCUACCGCAGGAGCCUGAGCUCUCCCAAUGUGAAUCGACUUUCUGGAAGCCGCCAAGAUUUAGCACCUCCUUAUAACCUGAGCAGUAACCGGAGUCCAAAGGUCCCAGCGGAGGGCCGAUGGGAGAGUCAGCAAGAUGUAUCCCAAGGUGCCACAAAUUCCAGUAGAGGCAUUAGUCCAUCUCGUACUUCUCUGCCAGGCCCUAGGCAGCAAAAUCACUCUCCUGAUCCAGGUAUUGGUAGCCUUGCUGCUUCCUACCUGAAUCCUGUAAAGUCCUUUGUGCCUCAGAUGCCAAAGCUGCUGAAGUCUCUCUUUCCUGUUAGAGAUGACAAAAAGGGCAGGCAGACCUCUCCCCUUGCACAGCAGGCUGUCCCACGAAUUAUGGUUCAGUCUGCCAGUAUUGACACCAGUGCUGCAAGGAUAAAACAGAUUAACCAAGAGGAAAUAGGAAAACAGCCAUUCGAAACUGCAGUGCAGACGUCUGAGGUGGACAAGAGUCCAGAAAAGACACCCAAAGUGCCUUUGCAGCAGCCCUCAGGAGACACCCAGGCCCAGGACUCCCAGGAGGGACCUCCAAGUCCUCUAAGUGAAGCCUCCAGUGGGUACUUUUCUCACAGUGUCUCGACAGCCACCCUCUCUGAGGCCCUUGCAGCAGGAAUUGAUGCUGUGGCUCAACCAGGAAGUCAAACACCUUCAGCCAGUGACUUCCCAGCUCCUGCUGUGGCUCAGGUCCCUUCUUCUGACAUGCCAGGGCACUCAGACAGUUCAUCAGAAAGCUGUCUCAGUACUAAGAGAGAGAAUCUACCUGCCUUCAGCCUUCAAAGCACUCAUGCAAGGCCUAAAGACAGCACUGAAGUAAAUGGAAAUGAUGCUUUGAAAUCCAAAUCUUGCAUAUCUCCUGUGACUCAAAGCGAGCAGGGAAAUGAUGCCUCUGUAGCAACUGAUGCAAAAACCUUUCUUUCUACCUCCACUCCAAAGAAGGAGUUGUUAUCCAAACAAUCAAUGGAGUCAGCAGGACAAGUUAGGAAAAAGGAAAUGGCUUCAGAGUCUUCAGAACUGGGGUUUCCCGAACAAUUGUCCCAGCCUGGUGUUGCAGCCUCCCCCUUCAAAAUCCAGAAAGUCAAGACAUCAGAACUGAAGUCCUUUACAAGCAUGCUGGGAACAGAUCCCAUGUAUUCACUAAACACAGAAGAGCAGCAAGGAGAGAAGAGUACAGCCACCAGCCGUGGACUGAACCAUAACGGAUCAGAGACAGCAGAAGAAAAACUGGAGGUGGCUUCUGAUUCCGAAGAAGCCAAUGAAAUUCCUGAGUGGCUGAAAGAAGGGGAAUAUGUCACGGUUGGUGCAAAUAAGACAGGCACCGUUAGAUAUAUUGGGCCCACAGACUUUCAAGAGGGAACAUGGGUUGGUGUCGAGCUGGAUUUACCUUCAGGUAAGAAUGAUGGCUCGAUUGGAGGGAAGCAGUAUUUCAGAUGCAACCCAGGCUAUGGAUUGCUUGUUAAACCAGGCAGAGUUAAAAAGGCCACAGGAUCAGCAAGACGGCGGAGCACCGGGUUGAGGUUGCAAGGAGGAGUCGCCACUGAGAACAGGAAGAGCGGCAACUUCUCCGGUUCAGCCUCCAACCUGGCUUCACUCACAGCCCUGGCCAAAUCAGAAGGAGGACCCACGCUGCGACUGGAGAAGAACCAGAAAAAUGCGGAGAACAGGAAAUCCUGGGCAAACUGAGACAGCUCUGCGCGCAGCAGCAAACGCUGUGCAACGCAGCCAAGGGAGCAGGUCUUGUAGCUUCGGGACGUGAAACCAACCACAUGAACUUCUAGUUUGUGGCAAACACUAAUGAAGGCUUUUUUCUCUCCUUUGGGUGAUUGACAUGUUAAUUCUUUGCCUUGUCAUGGUGCUGGAUCUGUGUCCUUCGUUUCCUGUUACAAAUUGUGACGCUUCAGGGUAUGACUGAUGGCAGCCAGUGAAAGCUCAUGGCGGUGGGUGCAUGUAAGCUCUGCUCUCUUCCACCUCUCACAGAAGGAAGAGAUGCAUAAAUUGUUUGAAUUAUGACAUGGCUUUCCAAUAGCUACAGAAUAACUACCCAUGCACCGGUGCUUCUCUUGGUGUGACUGGCAAUUCUAAAGAAACAUCCCCAAAAUAACAGUUCUUUCCUACUUUUGUAAGAUGUGUCCAUGUCACAUAAGACAUGGUGAAAGAGCAAGGUUAUCAUGAGUCCGGACAGGCAGAGAAGCAAACAUAGAUUUUUAUUUGGAAAUAAAGACACCCCCCCACCCCCCCAAAAUCUGUUUAUUUAAAAAAAACCACCAGUUCCUUGGUUAUGUGGCCUGGGCCCAGUGCCUCUUUGAUGAGUGUCCUGUUGUGCCUCUCUCCUGCUGUGAAAUUGGCACAAUCUUUCUAGCUGUUUUGUUGGGAAUGGGCGAAAGCCCAUGACCCCAUGUAAUAGUUUUAAUCCCUUCAGGAAAGAGAGGAGUUGAGCAAAUUUUCCAUCUGAUCUAUUUCACGUGCUCUCUCACCAUGACAGGAUCCCCUCUCACUUGCUCCAAAGUGGCAGCACCUUCUUCCUGUUGGUGCUGCCGUGUGGGCCAAAAGGAUUUCUGCAGAGAUAGCAGCACUGAAGUGCUUUGAUGUUUCUUCCCAGCCUUUGGAGCCGGUUGGAUUUUUACCACUUGGGCAAAGCAGAGGGUCGCCGUCCUUGUAACGGGAUGAAUCCAGUCUAUUUAUUUGUAUUUAUUGUUUUAAAAUAUGAAAUGUUUGCGCUUUACAAUCAUCCACCACCUGACGUUGUACAGAGGAGCUCCACCAGAUCCAUAUCGAGCAUCCAUCCAAAGAGGAGGUGCCUCUGUCGCCAGCUAAACCACCCCAGCGGCACACAAAAGCAAACCUGGCUGAACGGGCUGAGGAGUCAUCCCCAAAACAAAUCAUCCCUCUUGGAAGUGGGAGGUUUGGGCUGGCUUUUAUGAGAUUUGAUUUUAUUUUCAGUAACCCUUGUUAUGUUUUAAUUGCCUGUGACACAAAUGACGCAUUGCUGUGCGUGUGUUGUAUAUACAUGUGCGCAUAUCAACAUACACGCACUCAUUGUCUAACAAAUGAAGAAAGGCCACAGGCUUUUUCUAUUCUGAGCUGUUUAUGUCUUAUUUACUCAUCACGGGGGGAUCGGACAGCUUGAGCAAUAGACAUUUUAUCUACGUGGGGUAUAUUUAGGAUGCUAAAUUAAUGAUUAAACUUUAAUAGGUAUCUAGUCGCUGCCCGUGCUGCACGUGGGUAUCUAAGUGCCUUAGCCAUCUGGUUCAGAGGUCCAAGGGAAAGAUUCAUUGUCAUCAGAGGAGGUAGGGAUGCUUAGCGGAGGAGAUAAUUAUGCUGAUUUACUGUAAUUAAUAUUAUUUAUGCAGAAGGAAUAAAAUUAAAAUAGAAACUAAUCUGUAGCAGAAGUGGGAUGGGUUGCAAUGCAGCAUGCAUAGUACUGCCAGGCAUUUGUGUAUCCUUUCAGCUCCGUGUGACUAGUUUCAGUGUUUCCUAAAUUUUCAUAAAGAAACCUUAAUAUAAAAUGUACAGACCAGCUUUUAAAACUGUCUUUAGUGUACAGUUUUUCCUUCUUUUCCUUUGCACAAAGUUCCUGUCUGUUCAAGCCAAGGUGAUGGGAGAAUUUUAGUAGUAAGGAAUUCAGAUGCUAAAAUCCUGGGGUUUGAAAUUGUAACUGGUUUUAUGGACAUGACCCCUGCAACCAAGCAGCGUUCCUUUUUGGGGUAUGACGAGUCUUGCUGAUGAAAAACCACCCGCUAAUGAACAUGAUGCCUCUUCUACUGCCUUGUGAGUUUUCUAAACCCCAUCUUUACCGGUUUUUAAUUGCACUUUGUUCUGAUGUGCUGCAAAAAGUCAGCUACCAUGAAACAGCCCCUCACCGGUAGCUGUGGUUUUCAGUUUCAGCACUUCAUUUGCUGGAUUUAGGGAUAUCUUUAAUUGAUGUUUGAUAGGUGGCCCCUUUUGGGGAGACAUGAAGGGAAAACCUCUCAGAGUCCUUCUGAAGCCUUUUCUCUCGCACCGCUGUCUCUGAAGACUGGAGUCUGUGGCACAUAAAGGUGUUGAAGUCACAGAGGUGAAAGGGUCAGGCAGAAGCAGUUGGGUUAAUAGUUCACUGUUUAUGCUACCCUCUAUAAAUUCCUGUGGCUGUAUUUGUACUACAGCCCUGACCACCUAAGGGCAGAUUUCAGUGUUUGCACAUCUGGGGCACGUGCUCAGAGGCUGCAGGUGACUGGUACAGGGUGGAUUUCCUCCUCCACCUGCCCUCAGUCGUGUCACAAAAUCAUGCUGGGCGUAUUCAGAGGGGUUUGAAAUAUGGCUUGAACAGAACAUACUUGCUGCCUCCUCUAGGAUAACUUGUCCUGGAAGCAAAUGUCUUGGAUAUAGCUGGUUUGUUUAAAACAUCAGUGGAUGAUCAGCAUGAUGAAGUGCUCUGUUAAGGGAGCACCGUGUUGACUUUGGUGGAGGGAGGAAUUUACUUAUAGCUCUUUCGGUUUUUACCAUCUCAUUUGACUGUUGAAACUAAACCUCUGCUCAAAUUCCACCCUGGCACCUGCCCCACAAGUGAAGCCCCCCUGACCAAACCACCCCAAUGUGGCACAAGCUCCAGAAAGCCCAGCAAGUCAGAUUUGGCCAUGAGGAUGUUCUUGGAGGAUUCUCUGUCUGCCUCCUGCCCACCCCAGCAUUCCUGGGCAUGCUUCUGAAGAUAUUUUCCAAGAUUCUGGUACAGGGAGUGCACAUCCCUCCACUCAAAGCCAUCUGUUACUGUGCACCAGCUAAGCCAACUAACCAGAAAGCAGUUUAAAACCAUAAUGAAGGUAAUAUACAUCUAUUUUAUUAUUGAUAGCAUUAGAAAGGCUCUACGUUCAGCAUAGAGGAGGUGCUCUUAACUGAAAGCACCAGCGACUGGGGCUGACGUGUUGAUAGCUAUGCAUAUUUUCCAAGAUUCUCAUGCACUUUAUACAGGGAAGAAGAAUAUUUAAUGCAGGAACUGUAAUUUGUAGGAAGUGUCUCCUCUCCGGUGUCUGCUUGGUGAUGCCAGCUUGCUUUCUUGAACCAUGGGUACGUCUUGGAUUCUGGAUGUUGAAAAUUGUGUUGGUGGUAGGAAGGGUGAUGGUCUGAGCCUGGGUCUGCAGCUCUGCACAGCUGUUGUGUCAUUUACUCCGAGUCAGCCAAGAGGAUGCUUUCCAAGGGGACUUCUUUGGGUGUUCUCAAAGCAAGCCAAGAUGUUUUCCUGGGUUACAUUCAGCUCUCUGAUGGUGUUUUGAUCUCUAUCCCCCAAAUCAUCUUUCCAUUCAAGGGCCUCGUCUGUUUGCUGUUUAGUGGUGUAGUUCAGUUGAGGAAAGCUAACAGAAAUUAGUUCUGUGUGGUAAUAUUGCCCGAGUCCUUAAGAAGAGCAUUUUGUCAGUGUUGAGGUGGAAGCUCCCCUCUGCUGCCUGUGUGGGGGGAAGUUUGACACCUCUUUGCUCUCCUAGGAACCAGGAAACCCACCUCAUUCCUACCUAUCAGUUGUGAAAACCCAUACAGAAAGUGCUUGUGUGUUGUACAGACCUGUUUGUGCGGGAGCGGAGCUGUUGUUGAGUCAUUUCUGUGUUCAUGCUUGUGCUGUCCUUAUGGCAGUACUGCCAGAUCUUUGCACAAGAGGUUGAGUUUUCACAGUGCCUUAUCCCUGGGUCAGCAGCUGAUGCAGCGAGGGGCUGGAUUUUGUACCAGCUCGAGGCCAUCCAGCUUUCAGGAAGGGGUGAGCAUGAGAAGUGAAGGUGCAAACUGGACACUGCAGAAUACUCCUGAGCUGGGGUGACAAGUGUCUUGUUCCUGGGUCUCCUUUAUCUGUGCUUUGGUUUCUGUGCUCUCCAUCCUCCUCCUAAAACACUGUCAUGUUUUUCACUCCCGAGAAAUGCUUGGCUGCUGCCAUCUGCCCCUGAGCACUGGGCACAGCUGGGUUCAUGGAAUCACAGAAUGGUUUGGGUUGGAAGGGACCUUAAAGCUCAUCCAGUUCCAACCCCUGCCACAGGGCAGGAACACCUUCCACUAGAGCAGGUUGCUCAGGUCUCAGCAGAGCCUCCUGCCACAGCCUGGCUGAGCCUUAUCCUGGCUCCAGCAUCUGAGUACCACAGCAGAGGGAGCAGAGACAUGGGAUGGGGCUCCUUAAACUCUGCAAGAGCCAGGAGUGCAGAGUGGUGGGGAUGCAUUAGAGACAUUUCCCCUUCAAGGGCCUCACCUGCUCAGCAGGAGCAGGGCUUCUGUCCGGCAGGAGGAUGCAGCUGCACUCCCCUUGCAUAUCCCUUCCAAACCCAUUCUGAAGCUGACAGAGGAGCCGUGCUCCAAGCAGCAACUGGCUGGGUGUGCAGCAGUACAUCCCUGCCUUGCCUCAGACAUGGUGGUGUUGGUGCUGUUCCUGUGCCGGGACUCGUUCUGUGUUUUCACCUCCAUUAACACCCACUGUGUCUUGGGAGAGCCUGUUCCAGCUCAUGGUUGUGUUGAUGGAUGUAAAUGUAGUGGCUCUGUAUAUAGAGUGGCCAUUCACGCUGUGGGGUUCCGUGCCCAUCGGUGUACUUUAAAUGAGCUAAAAUCCAAAGAUACUUUGUAAUGAGCUGUAAAGUUUUUAAUUAUUACUGUACAAUACUAAGUGAUUGUAAUAUUGUAUCAUACGUGUGACGCAGCCCGCAGUACCGAAAUAAAGGUCUUCUUUAGA